UCGGAUCGGACAUGGAUAUGGUAUACCAGUGCCACUGCUGCCUGCGGCGACCCGCGGCGAAGGAUAUGAAGACUCCGUACACGCGGCUCGGAAUAACGGAGAUAUACUUAGACAUGUUGGAAGAAUGCUUUGCAAUUGAUGCAACUUUGGGUGAGUAUCAUCAGAGCGGAAUCUGCGAGGUGUGUGUGGGACGGCUGCAGGAAGCGUGCCAUUUCAAGCUGCAAGUGCAGCGGAGCCGGGUCACGCUAUUGCAGAGUUUGAAGACCAUAAACCGAGUCAAAGAUGAGGAAAUGACACUCCUGGAGGCCGAAGAUGAGGCUUGUGAAGAUCCUUUCCUUUAUGGAAACUUUACCAACAAUACGGAGUGUGAGGUGUCGGACGCGCAGAACGAAGAAGACUGCGUGUCUCUGUCGUCGGGCGGUGUGGGGUGCGCGGAAGCGGAGCGCGCCAGACAGCAGCUCGCGAUGGCUUGCUGCGUGAGGCUCGCGCGCCUCCGCGACUCCCCGCGCGCGAGCCAGCCGUGCCCCGCGCCGCCGCCCGCCACUGUGCAGCGAGAGCCCCGCACACAACCCUACACCUGCGACACUUGCCGACGACAGUUUAGUUCUAAGCGUACUUUAUCUACACACAUAACAUCAACACAUACAAAAGCUUACACUUGUGAAUGUUGUUCGGAAAAGAUUUCUAAUUAUUCUCUUUAUAUUAGUCACAAAAAAACUCACAAGAAAUUCAUUUGUAACAUAUGUAAUAAGAUACUGUCUAAUUACAACACGUUAACAGUCCAUAAGCGGACACAUACCGGGGAAAAACCUUAUUUUUGUAAGUAUUGCGAUAAGGGGUUUACACAACUAGCUGCUUUAAAUGCACAUAUGCCACAGCACACCGGAAUUAAAAAAUAUAAUUGUAAAAUAUGCAACGAGAACUUUACACGUUCGGGCACAUUAAAGAGACAUCAUCAACGAAUACACUCUGGGGACAAGCCCUUCAGUUGUGAAGAGUGCCAAAAGCGGUUCAGCAAUAUAGAUUGCUUUAAGCGACAUAAACUAAUUCACUCGAAAGAGAAACCUAUGCGUGCGACAAAUGUAGCAAGCUAUUUUUACGAUUACUUUCCCUGCAAAUACAUAGAGAAAUACACACAAAUCCCAAAUGCUUUACAUGUGAAUUGUGCAGUGAAAUGUUCAUGAGUAAGGCUGAUUUACGUAAACAUUCUUUAUUUCACACAAAUACUUACGCCUUCGAUCUAUGUUCCAAGCGAUUUCAUCGGAAACAAGACCUCAAAAAACACAAACGCAGAUAUAACUGCCAAAGCCAUGGGGAGCAAGUCUAUAUCUGUGAUUAUUGUAAUAAACAAACUUUGCAUAAGUAUGAGCUGAUCUCUCAUAUAAAAUCACACAUCGGUCAGAAGGAUUAUGCCUGUAACGUAUGUUCUAAAGCAUUUAUAAGCUCAGGUUCUUUAAAACGACACGAGAAGAUUCACGCGUCGGUCAAGCCUUACGCUUGCGACAUAUGUAACAAGGAGUUUCAACGACUAGACAAUCUCAAAACGCAUUUCGCGUCACACGCAGGCAAGACUACAUACUCUUGCGAUUUUUGUAGCUUAAAGUUCCUAUCUGUCUCCGGCAAGAACUUACACGAAAAAACUCACAUGUAGGGUUUGCAAAAACCGGUUAACUUUAAAAACCGGUAAA